CGACGGUGAAGAGUUGAAGGACCCCGCAGUACACAUGCCAAACGUACAGUAACACUAGUGACACAGGCGUUUGAUUCUUUCGCUGGAAACGCUUUGAUGGUGGGUAGAAUCGUUACUUACGAAUUAAACAGAUGUCGUGUUUCGGUUGUGAUCCCAACUUCUGCCCAGAAUGUGGAAAUGUGCUUCCUCUUCCAGUAAUACAGGACACAGUCUGCUGCCCCCGCUGCUCCUUCUGCAUCCCUGUAGCAGAGUUCUCAGGCCAGGUGAUCUGCUCAACAGUUGUCUUCAACCCUGUGGAGCAGUCAACAGUAGCGCUGGAGGAAGAGGAGGACUCUGACCUGAAGGGACCUGUGAUUGACAGACGCUGCUCUCGUUGCAAUAAAGAAGGGAUGGUUUACCACACCAGGCAGAUGAGAUCUGCAGAUGAGGGACAGACUGUCUUCUUCACCUGUAUACACUGCAGGUAUCAAGAGAAGGAGGAUUCUUGAGAACAAGUCCAGCACACUUUCUCCAUUCCUCUCAAUUCUUCUGCCCUCAUAUCUGGAUGCUUUCUCUCCACAUGGAUUGAAAAAAUCAACAACUCUGGGCCCUUCACCUUU